GGCGAGCGAUGCAUGACCCAAGGCAUCUUCCUCUGUUCCAUAGGCUUACCCUCAGUCAACCUCACUUUGCUUGAAUCUUCGUUGUAUUCUGCUCCCUCCCUUCUUUUGACGCAGGCGCUCGUUCUUUGUUGAUUCGAUCUACUUUCGCUUCACCUCCAAAACGCACUCUCCAACCAUGUUCAGCACCAAGUUCAUCACCAUCGUCUCCCUCGCCCUUGCGGCGUCUGCUUCCCCCAGCCCCUCUAAGCGCAACGCCGUUGCGCGCGCCGCCAGCGCGACCUUCCCCGAGCCGCCCACCACCACCUCCCUCGACGAGCCCAUGACCAUCAAGGCCGGCGAGUCUUUCACCCCCGACCAGGAGUACACCCGCUUCGACCGUGGCACCAAGUGCGGCGGGCAGUCUGAGGGUGGCGACUCCGACGCAGUCUUCCUCCUCGAGGACGGCGCGUCGAUCAGCAAGGUCGUCAUCGGCGCCGACCAGGGCGAGGGCAUCCACUGCCUCGGCUCGUGCACGAUCACGGACGUCUGGUUCGAGGCGGUGUGCGAGGACGCGAUCACGAUCAAGCAGGAGUCCGGGACGUCGACAAUUAGUGGCGGGGGCGCGAAGGGCGCUGAAGACAAGGUCGUCCAGCACAACGGCGGCGGCACUGUCCGCAUCGAGAACUACUAUGUCGAGGACUUUGGCAAGCUCUACCGCAGCUGCGGCAACUGCAAGACGAUGUACGAGCGGCAUGUCGAGAUCAGCGGCGUCACUGCCGUCUCGGGCAAGCUCCUCGCGGGCAUCAACAGCAACUACGGCGAUACCGCCAAGUUCACCUCGUCCACCGCAUCCGAUGUGAAGGAGAUCUGCGAGGAGUUCGAGGGCAACGACAAUGGCGACGAGCCCACAUCCAUCUCCACCGGUCCUUCCGACGCUUGCAUCUACAAGGAGGGCGAGGACGUCAAGGAGGAGUAAACGUUCAUCGCAUUGAAAGCACGCUAUCUAUUCCCUACCUCAAGCCACCCUUUUUCACCAGUUCUCCCCUCCGCAUACCGUUUUCUAGCGACGCUAAAAUGCUGCUGCAGCGGCCGGUGGCUGCUGCGACAGAGCGAUUUCACAGUCACCGGUCUGGCUGUAUCGUUUGCAUGUUGAGGACUUCUGGUCUUUUGGCGGUAGAUACAUUUGUGCAUAACUUUGGGUACAACAACAAGCCUUUUUGUGCGAGGAA